UAUACUAUUUCAACCUUCCAUACUUGACAGAAGGGCAUAUAAAGCCUACAUCGAGGAAUGCGUAUGUAGCCGAGAGUGACACUCUAUUAUGACCAAAGAAUAACAACCCCGCGGCCGUGGUGUUGGUGCAUUCAACAGUUGAUGACUCCAUUAAUAAUUUGGAAUAAUUUGUGUGACAGUGCGCGUAAUGUGUUAGUAAAGCGUUUUAAGGGUCUCUAGGGCCUAGUACGGGCAAGGGUCGGCAUUCAUCAUGCAGGCCCUUUGAAGUGCUUCGGACAUGGGUUACACGAGGGGCAUAGGGCCCCUGCUGGGGCUGGUGGGGCUAUUGCUGAUGGUGGAGUGCACUGGGCACGAGAACGCGGACGCUGAUAAACUGCAAUUUGAGGCGGCAUUUCAAGGAAAAUGCGACGAAAGCAGCCCCUGUGAGCAGCUCUGCUACGAAUUGCAUGACGGAAUGUAUGAAUGUGACUGUAAAGAAAGGUUUAUUUUAAGAGAAGAUGGGUACAGCUGCUACGAAAUAAAUUCAACGGCAUCGCCUCCGUCCUUAGAAGACCUAAGAUACAACGGUGUAGAAGACAUUUUAUACCAAAAAGACGCAGUGAUAGACGUAGUGGAAUUCUCCCCGUUGAACCUGUCAGAUUCCAAGGAAAUUUCGAAAUUAUCAACGGCUCCUUCAAGUCAAAUUAAUUAUACGACGCAAGGCCCUCGCCUGGAACAAAAAUUAACGUCGGAAAGUUUAGCCGCGUCAAAGGUGACGAAACCCAUAACGCCUUCGGUGGCUAACGUUACGGUUACCGUGUCGACAGUGAAACCGUGUCCGUUGGACUGCGGUCCCGGCGGGGGCUGCAGUUUAGAAAACGCCGACGAAUCGCCGAUGUGUCUGUGUCCUUUGGGGCGAGGCGGCGAAAGGUGUAAUGAAGACAAGGAGAUCCAAUCACCUCGGUUUACGGGUUCCAGUUGGCUGGCGUUUCCAGCGCUUCGAGGGGCCUACAAACACGUCCAACUCAGCCUGGAAUUGAGACCAGAAGCAUACGACGGCAUUUUUUUCCUCACUGGCGAGAGGGACGACAUGGCCGGCGACUUUAUGGCUCUGUUGCUUCAUCAGGGAUUCGUCGAGUUCCGAUUUGACUGCGGUUCAGGCGUAGGCGUCGUGCGAUCCGAAGAAACAGUUCUCCUAAACCAAUGGAACCAUAUCACACUCUACAGACAUCGAUGGGACGCCUGGCUUCAACUCAACGGUGGAAAACACGUCCAAGGUCGCAGUAAAGGACUAUUUUCCAGAAUCACCUUCAGAGAGCCCCUCUUUAUUGGCGGUCCAGGAAACACCACAGGAUUGACGGAAAAACUGCCUGUCUCGAAGGGAAUGAAGGGCUGUAUAAGACAUCUGGAAGUCAACGAUCAUACGUAUAAAUUUGCGCUAGAACCUCAAGGAGAAGCUACUAAGGGUUAUGGAAUUGAGGAAUGCACGGCGGACAGAUGCAGUCACGUGCCAUGCCAACAUGGCGGAAAAUGUCUCACGAGCGACAACUCUGCGAUAUGUCUUUGUCCAUUGGGGUUUUCAGGAGACUUGUGCGAGAUCCGGGUUGAUUUACAGGUGCCUUCAUUCAACGGUUCCAGUCAUCUGAGAUACCGUGGUUUAGGAGAAAGCGCUCUAACCUGGCUGGAUCUCGACGUCACGUUCAAACCUACAGCUCCAGAUGGACUACUCAUUUACAACGGUCACAGGAUAGAUGGCAGUGGUGAUUUCAUAGGGCUCUACCUGGAUAACGGAUACGUUGUCUUUACUUACAAUCUCGGAACUGGAUCGGUUUCGGUUAAAAGUCAAUUCAGUGUGAUCAUUGGAGAAUGGCAUCAGCUAAGAAUAUCCCGUACCGGACGCCUGGCUAUCCUCUCAGUAGACAACCAACUCCCGACGGAAGUACUGAGUCCCGGCGCCUUCACGCAGCUUUCCUUACCUCAGAACCUCUAUCUGGGUGGAGUACCGAACUUCGGCAUUGUUGCGCCGCACAUCAACGCAAAAACUUCAUUCGUCGGUUGCAUACAACAGGUAGAGAUCAACGGAAAACCAGUCACGAUUCUGGCGGAGGCGCUAGGUGGGGCUAAUGUUGAUAACUGUCCGCAUCCUUGCGUUGCAAGACCUUGUGGUGAGGAUGGCGAGUGUGUACCAGAAAUGGAGUAUUUUUCUUGCAAGUGUAAACCAGGUUACAGAGACCAUCUGUGUUCAAGAGGCCCGCCGUUUUUCCACGGCACUAACAGCUACAUCCAUUUAAACGACAUUACAACGAUGGACGCUAUCUCUACAGAUCCUUUUGUGGUGAAUGUCCGAUUUAAGAUUUCCUCCAAGUCCGGACUGCUUUUGUACGCUUUAGGAACUGACAGUUUUCUUUCUCUUGGACUAGAGAAUGGAGCUCUCGUAUUGCGGUUUAGUAUUAAGGAACGAGGAGAGGAAAUUAAGGUAGUUCACAAUUCUACGACGGUCAACGAUAAAUUGUGGCACAGGGUAAAAGCCGUUAGAAGUGGAUCUGCAGGUCUGCUGAUAGUGGACAACGGACCAGCGAUCACGCGCCAAUCAGUAGACCUAUCGAAGAGAAGAAUCUUCAACCCGAAAGAAGAAGGCCUAUACAUAGGAGGCAUGCCCCAGACCGCGCUCCAGACGCUCACGAAGUACACCACCAGCAUCAUAGGCUGCGUCGCCGAUCUGGUCAUCAACACCGACCUCCACCUUCAACUGAUCACCCAUUCGGAAAUCGGCCACAACGUAAGUGAGUGCGAAGCAUGAACGAGUCAAUUAAUAAACAAAAAAGUCAAUAUUUAGCGCAAUUGAGACCAAGACGGCGCCCGAGUUGAGACUUCUAAAGAGGGGCCUAGAUUUUUAGAUGAAGUGUGAAUUCUACUGUCUGGAACUUUUCCUAUCUUCACUGACAUUUGUGUGCUAAUUGUGUGAACAAAAAACAUAAGGCUGAUUUACCGAAACAAAAAUAUUCUUUCUCAGAUGCGGCAGUAACAACUGAUAGUAGAGUAGCAAUACCGACGUCUUAAGAAAGUACAGUCAAAAAUCGUGACGAGACAACUCGUAACGCGACAGUUCGUAACGCCAACAAUUCGUAACGGCGACACUUCUUAACGGCAACAAUUCGUAACGGCGACAUUUCGUAACGGUAUAAUUCGUAACGUCAAAAUUUUCCAAUCGAAAUUACGUUUAUCAAUUUAACGAAUAGUCCAAGUAAUGAAGCUUAAAAGAGGACAAAACCUCGCAAUUUUUACAGAAUGAAUCGAUUUGCUUGAAAAUUUGAGAGUAAGUAGUGGAUAGUCCAAGGACCAAAAUCUAUAUGAUGCCGAAAGGCGCUUUUACCAUGGGGGUGGUUGCCACCCCAUCUCGGGAGUGGAAAU